AUGCAUCAUAGACGUACGAGCGACGUGGAGGUGGAGGUGGGGGUGGGGGGGUCGGUGGCGGCAGUGGAGGCGGAGGCGGCGGCGGCGGUGGCGGUGGUAGCGGAGGUGGAGGCAGUGGGGGGAGUGGGGGUGGCGGUGGAGGUGGAGGUGGGGGUGGGGGGGUCGGUGGCGGCAGUGGAGGCGGAGGCGGCGGCGGCGGUGGCGGUGGUAGCGGAGGUGGCGGAGGAGGCGGCGGUGGAGGAGGCGGUGGAGGCGGCGGCGGCAGUGGAGGCAGCGGAGGCGGUGGAGGCGGUGGGGGUGGCGGUGGAGCUGGUCGCGGGGUGA